AUGUCCGAGCCGUCCAAAAACACCAUGUCGGGAAACAAACCGAUGAACAGUACCUUCCAGGAUCCCACCGCUUUCGGGUACAGUGACCUGGGAACUAGAACUCGCUCAGACAACACCGAGGCGGUCAGCGGGACCACAGGCUCUCUCGUGGAAAGACCUGUCGACGCGGGCGCAAGACACGAAUACGCCAAUCCUGCCCCGAGUUCGCUGGCACAAGGAGAUGGGGAUCCCGUAGGGAAGCAAGUUCUCGAAGAGGCCAAGAAGCUACCAGGCGCGGAAGGCCCUGUGGUAAAGGGUAAUGCGUCAGCUGUCGAGGAUGCCAAGCAGGAUGUCGGCUUCAUGGAAGGACAAUUGAGCACUGUUGCGACGCAGACUCGGAACUACUAG